AACAAUGCCUCAACGCUGCCGUCACAAUGGCUGCCACUAGCGCUACCUUUCCCAAGCCCUCCCUCUUCUUCUAACUUACUUCCAGCUAUUAGAGGGAAAACUCCCGGCAAAUAAUAAAACAAGGGGCAAUACAGUACGGGAAAACCACCCGGGGAUGGGGCUGUUAAUGGAAGUAAAAAGGCGAAAGAUCCGCGAUAUCUCCCGUCCUCAUCGACCUCCCCCCCCCCCUUCACACUGAAGCGCCUCGCCGGGGCGAAGCACGUCCUCCAUUUCCUCGGCUUUUUUCCCCCUGCCUUUCGCUCGAAGCUUGUACUACAGUUCCCGGCAUGCCUGUAAAAGCAGAGGGUCUCGCUUGCACCGGCAUCCGGAGAAAAAAAGGGGGAGGAAGAAGUGAGCUCUCAAAGUUUCUUAGACACAAACUUGCAAGAUUAUGAAAAGAUGAUGAGUGACUAUACAGAGACAAAUGUGAAAAUACCCUUUGGAAACAAAUAUCUAGAUGCUAUUUUAUCUCUCCCUGACAAGAUACUACCAUACGCUGUGAUUCUUACUCAUGGAGCAUCUGGUGAUAUGAAUUUCUCUCACCUUGUGUCUUUAGCAAACUAUUUGGUAUCUCAUGGACUACUGUGCCUGCGCUUUACCUGCAAAAGCCUUAACAUCAUCCAUAGGGCUAAAGCGUAUAAGGCAGUUGUGGAGUAUUUAAGAUCAUCAAGUGACUACAGACUUUCUGGUAUUUUUCUUGGAGGUCGUUCAAUGGGCUCACGUGCUGCUGCCUCUGUGACACGUCAAGCUGAUCAAGAUAGUGACAGCUUCAUUCAAGGUCUGAUAUGUUUGUCUUACCCACUGCAUCGACCAAAGCUUCAGACUAAACUGCGAGAUGAAGAUUUUUUGUUUAUUAAGUCCCCUGUGCUCUUUGUGUCUGGAACUGCAGAUGAGAUGUGUGACCAACAACUCUUGGAAGAUGUUGCAGGCAAAAUGGAAGGACCUAAGAAAAUUCACUGGAUAGAAAAGGCAAACCACAGCAUGGUGGUGAAAGGACGGGCUACAGAUGACAUCCUAUUGGAAAUAAACAUGCAGGUUUUGUCUUGGAUCAAAGAAGUCAUUGGUUAAGGAUAAUAGUACUUGCCAACUACUGAAAAACACCUGUGCUUUGUCUGUUGGUAAUAACUUUUCACAGGAGCAAAGUACCUCAUAGGAUAUCCUUUUAUCACUUCACAGUAGCACAAUAUAUGUUUUGUCCUGGAUCUUUUUUUAAAAAAAUCUUGUCAGGGACUGCUGGAAGAAACAAUUUUUGUGUGUUUUCAGUAGAGCUACUUCAAGACUACCUCAUAUUUUCUUUGUGUAUAGUAA